GGCCCGGCAGGCCGCCUGGGGGGCAGGCACGGGCAAUCGGGGAAGGGGGACCCGGUGGUGAGGGGACUCCUCCUCCUCCUCCUCUUCCUGCCUGCCUGCCUGUGCGUGGGGGGGAUCCCUUCCCAUUUCAGCCUGGCCUCUGCUAUGUUGCGUUCUCCGCAUCUUCUCCAAUAGCGUUUGCAAAUGAAAAUGGAGGAAAUGACUUUGUCGGGCCUGGAUAACAGCAAGUUGGAGGCUGUGGCUCAUGAUAUCUAUACAGACUUGAUUGAGGAUGCCUGCCUGGGCUUGUGCUUUGAGGUCCACCGGGCUGUCAAAUGUGGCUAUUUCUUUUUGGAUGACACAGAUCCUGAGAGUAUGAAGGACUUUGAAAUUGUAGAUCAGCCGGGACUGGAUAUCUUUGGCCAGGUCUACAACCAGUGGAAGAACAAGGAAUGUGUUUGCCCAAACUGCAGCCGAAGCAUUGCCGCCUCCCGCUUUGCCCCACACUUGGAGAAGUGCCUCGGCAUGGGCCGGAACAGCAGCCGCAUUGCCAAUAGGAGGAUAGCAAGCAGUAACAACAUGAACAAAUCCGAGAGUGACCAAGAAGACAACGACGAUAUAAAUGAUAAUGACUGGUCAUAUGGAUCCGAGAAGAAAGCAAAAAAGAGAAAAUCAGAUAAGAAUCCCAACUCGCCCCGACGAUCCAAGUCCCUGAAACAUAAAAAUGGGGAACUGAGUGGUAACUCGGACCCAUUUAAGUAUAACAACUCUGCUGGAAUCAACUAUGAAACGCUGGGCCCUGAGGAGCUCCGUACUUUGCUCACUACGCAAUGUGGGGUGAUAUCUGAGCACACCAAGAAGAUGUGUACACGGUCUUUGCGCUGCCCCCAACACACGGAUGAACAGCGGAGGUCAGUGAGAGUCUACCUCCUGGGACCCUCUGCCUCACUUCCCGAGGCGGAAGGAAGCGUGGAGAACGACAGUUUUGACGUGGCGGAAAGUCAAGCCCUCAUGAAUAGACUGCAGUGGGACGGAUCUUCAGAUAUCUCACCUUCUGACUCGGCCUCAUCAAAAGCAAGUACAAACAACUCAGAGUCCCGGAAAACCAAAAAGAAGAAACCGCACAUGAGCCUGGUAGGAGGUGCUCCAGGAAUGAGCUCCAGCAAGAAGAAACUGAAGCCGAAGCAGCUUGCACCUCCCACCCCCAGCCUUUAUGACGACAUCAAUUGAAUAAUGCUGCGAUGAGGAUAAAGAAAACAGGGAGGAGGGGAGAUGCCCCGGAACCCCGUCCGACCAGGUUCGCGGGAAAGGAGCAGGACUGUCUCCUCUCAGGCACACCUUUUUAUGAACUGUGAAGAGAGUUGGCUGCAUGUCUCCCUUUUCCUCCCAAGCCUCCAGCACACAUUGCACAGCCCUUUGUGUCCACUGGAUGUGAGAACGAAAGGACCGGACUGCUUUUGGUGCAGUGGGCACCCACCUCUUCUGGGGGAAAGCGGGUGGUGGUGUUUUGAGGCGGGGCCUUGAAGAUGAAGCGACUCUUGUCAGCCAGGGAGUCGCUUUUCUCUUUCCUCCCCCACCCCACCCGUCCCCGUUUCAACACGUCUAUUUAUUGUGAUGUUAGUGGAUGUUCAAUCAUGACUAUAUAUACGGUGGCAUUGUAUCGCUUAGCAACCCUGGAGACUGACUGGGCGGGGGUGGUGUGUGUGGGCCUGCAGCCUUUUCGGCUUGGUUUGCAAGAGAAUUAAAGGGUCUCUGGGGGGAAAUGGAGAAUGUCUGUUGCGCUUCAGUGCCUGCCAUUCCUUCUCGAGAGCAUCUGCUCCAAAACGGAGCCUCCUUUCCGUCGUGCGAAGGGGGCACCAGAUCGUGAACCUGCCUCUGAGCUGCUGCGGCAGCGCUCCGUUGUUCAAAAGGCUGUCUCUGUGGCUGCUGGGUCCUUCUUGCCCUCCUAAGCAGGAAUAAUGCUCUUGCUGCAGAGAGCAGUCCUCAGACGUCUGCACAACCUGAGCAAACUGGGAUGGAGGCAGAAGAGAGGUUUGGUCUUGUGUUGCUGCUGUCACUACUGCCAAAUGGUGUCUGCUUCCCUGCCAAAUGGCAUUUCCAAGACUUGUGUAUGAAGCAACAUGAUGAAUGGCUUUGAUGAUGUGGGCAGUCUCUCCCGGCGAUGCAAGUCAGGAAGCUGGUGCAGUUCUUUGCUUCCUAACUCCUCUUAUACUGGGCACAAAUCUGUUUUGCCCAACCCUGGUGAGCCAAUACCAUAAGAUUUGCAAUGCUUUAUACAUACUCCGUAUGCAGGUUUGAAUCUCCGUACAGCCCUAAAAACUGGCUGUAAAUUAGAAUAGUUGGUUGUUGCUUUUUUUAAUU